AUGGCUGAUAGUGCGGAUCUAGGACCGCAGAAGGCUACGGAAUUGAGUGAAGAGAUUGAAAAUAUCGAUAAUCCUUCUCCAAAGAAGAAGCCCACUCAUAUACAAUUAACGUUCAAUGAUUUCAAAAAUAUAAAAGUUGCGAACCCACAUUCAGAUCAUUUCCCAGGCUCCAAUGGGUCUGCUGAAAACUUGGGACUUCGAAGAUCCAGACGAGUUGUUCCGAAAAGACCUGUGAUUGAGGUCGAAGAGGAAAUCGUUACCAAGCAACCUUCUAAAAAACGGAAGCCCUUGAAACCAGCUAAAGAAAGCAAUAUUGACAAAGACGCUGCAAGAGAACGAGCCCGAAAAUUGCAGCAGCAGGCUUCAUUGGAAAAAAUUGACAAUUUGCUUGCGAAGGAUAAUUGGACACCUUGUUUGCCAUUAAACUCUUCUGAAUUCAAAACACAUCAUAGCAUUGUGUCACGGCUAAAGUACCCAAACAUGAAAUAUGUGCCUCAUGCCGGUGAUAUUAUCACCAUGAUGACUUUCAUCAACAAGUUCAGUUCUUUUCUACCAAAAGAAUUGUGGAGUCUUUCUUUCCACGAUUUUGAAGUCGGUUUGGAUUUAUAUCCACAGCUGGAAAAGGACGAGCCCAAAAAGUUCUAUCAGGACUACAUGCUGGUCAAGGAUAUCCUGAAAUGCCAGGACAAAAUGAAUUUUUUAUUUCUGACUUUGAUGAAGUUGACGCUCAAUGAUAAAUCGCCGGCUUCUUUCGAUUCUAUUAGGGGUUCUUUCAAACCCUUCCCCGCGCUUUUAGCGCGAAUCAGAUCCCAAGCAUGGUCAUGGGGUUAUCCAAAGGAAUGGAAGGUGCCUCAUAUGAUACCCGUUGAAGGGUUCGACGUGUUUACGGAAGAUGACUGUGACGCCGUGGAUCCAAAUUUGCCAGAGAUUCUAACGCCUAACAUGAAGGCCUAUAAGUUUCAAGAACCCUUAGGAAAUGAUCCUUUGCAAUCAUUAGAUUUAGAAAAAAAGGGUAUCCUUGCUUUACAACCGAAUGAUCGAUUAAUUCUUUUGCGAAGUUUGACACAGUGGUGUUUAUCGCACUCAGAUAAAAUUCACGGCGAAAUUUACCGGCUGGUCCACCUUAAACGUGAUUUUGCAUACGGUGUUCCAACUUUCCACGUUCCACGUUAUCUUGUAGAAGGUGAACUUGCCACCAGGGCCAGAUUUAGCACUUUGGGGGAGUUAAUUCAAUCAAAACUGGAACUCAGGAGAACCAAAAAACACAUAAGGAAACAGCUGGAAUCUGGGAAGCGCAAUGACCUCUCGCACAAAUACAAAAUUCUCGAUGAGGUCAGAGCCGAAAUCAGACUGUUAAUGGCGCCUCGUGAAGAUAACGACGCCAUGUCAGAGGCAGCUGCAAGGAAUUUCACGACAGAAAAUAACUAUGACCAGUGGUGCGCCAUUUUCGAAGGAGAAGUUCCCGAUCAUCCACUAAGCUCCCCAUUUGCGGAUGAAGCAUAUAGGCUACGAUCGUCAGAAUUUUUUCUUGGACGUGUACCUCAUGUGGGUGACUUCUAUAUGCCACGGCUGUUCAGUUAUCAAGGCACAAAAAGCAAGAGGAUACCUUCUUAUUUUACUGAUUUGGUGACGUUGAACACUGUUCUAACUUCUAUUGCAAAUGGAGAACUUGAUGCAAUGUCGCUUUUUACAAAGCAAGGAAAACUGAUGAGUACCAAAUUCAAGGUAUUUUACCAUGAUUCACCUAGUAUGAUUAGAGAUGUGGCCGCUCAAGUCGAUACAACGAAUAAAUGCUACUGGUUCGAAAUGUGCCAUGAUUGUGACACAUUGAAAGAAUUCAUCACUCUACUCGAGUAUAAAUCCGGUUUACUUGAGACAUCAAAGGAUGAUCAAACAAACAAAACCGCCCAGAACAAAAAUCCGUUACCUAAAGAGUCGAAGUUCAAUGCUUCCCGUGAUAAACUUCGCAUUAUGCAUGACUACCUUAUAAAGAUUGUGCCACUGCUCAAGUUGUAUGAGGAGUUGGGAUUAAAUUACGGUGACGUCGAAGAAAACGAGAGGACUCUCAGAAGAUCUCAAAGGAACAAGCAGUCAUAUGAAGAUGUCGGAGGUUCUUCCGGCGAAGAUGACCGCAACGAAAUGUACAAUGGAAUUGAGAAGGAAGAAGAGGAAGAAGUAGAGGAGACAGUAGAGGCCGAAGACGAAGACGACAUACAAGGCCCCGAAUAUGUUGAGGAAGAUGUUGUUGAUUCCGAAAAGGAGUACGAGGGGAACUCGGAGGAAGAAUUUGAUGACGAAGAAGUGGACUUGGUCACCAAAAAGCGACCAAAAUCCACCACAGGGAGACCUCGUGGUAGCGCAGCAACGAGUGGUGCCAGAAAGUCUAGGCGCGGACGUUAA